CAUGUUUGGGCCAACUCAUGGCCCAAAUUUCCGGCCCACGAACCCACCCAAUAAAAGUGAAGCGGUUAGCCAUCGGCGAAAAGCUUGGAUGCGAAGGCGAUGGUGCACUUCCUCUCCUUCUCCAUCGUCUUCGGACAGUAGCACAGAUGGCUGUGACAGUGCCCCAAUACGCUUCCGCUCUCAGGCUCUUGUACUCCACGCCCUCCUCCUGGAAAACUCCAUCUUCAACCGGAGGCCGUACGAUUCCCAAACCCCUCUUCUUCUCUCUCCAAUCCCAAUCUUCUCCCCCCGCCGUCAUCUCCCGAAACCCUAGAGGCCACAGGCACAGUCAUUCCUUCACCAUCUCUUACCUCGUAGACUCUUGCGGCUUGUCUCCGGAGCACGCCACCGUCGCCGCUCAGAAGCUCCACCUCGAUUCCCCCGACCGGCCCGACGCUGUUCUCGCCCUCCUCCGCGAUCAUGGAUUUUCCCGUGCACAGAUCUCCAGCCUCGUGAAGAAGCGCCCACUUUUGCUGUUGGCGAGCGUCGAAUCCGUGCUCUUGCCGAAGAUUCGUUUCCUCUUGUCUAUCGGUAUCUCGGAACCAGCUCUCGCGCGAGCUCUAUGCUCUAAUCCCACCAUUUUGACCAGAAGCCUCACCAAUCAGAUAAUCCCUUCCUAUAACUUCCUCAAGAGCGUUCUCCUCUCCGACGAGAAAAUCGUCGCCGCGCUCCGGCGGACGACGUGGAUUUUCCUCGCGGAUCACAAUAAGAGCCUCGUCCCCAACAUAGACUUCUUGUCGGAGAUGGGUGUGCCGGAGAAAUGCGUAAAGCUGCUCGUCACGCAUUUCCCGGAAGCGGUGAUGCAGAGGAACGAAUACUUCCGGAGAAUCGCGGAACAAGCGAAGGAAAUGGGAUUCGAUCCGAAAAAAUCGACCUUUGUGCUAGCGAUUCAUACCCUUUCGGGGAAAGCCAAUCAGUCGACAUGGGAGAAGUGUUUCGAGGUGUACAAGAGAUGGGGGUGGUCGGAAGACGACAUCAUGAGGGCGUUCAAGAAGCACCCGCAUUGUAUGAUGCUGUCGGAGAGGAAGAUCAACAGGAGCAUGGAGUAUCUGGUGAAGGAGAUGGGAUGGGAGCCGAGGAGGAUCGUGCAGUGUCCGUUGGUGCUGUUCUUCAGCCUGGAGAAGAGGAUCAUUCCCAGGUGUUCCGUGAUUAGGGUUCUUGUUUCCAAGGGGCUGGUGAAUGAAGAUUGGAGCCUUGCUUCUGUGCUGGCUCCCGUGGAGGACGUGUUUCUGGACAAGUUCGUGACGAAGUAUGCCGAGCAAGUACCUGAGUUGAUGCUCGUCUAUCGAGGAAAGAUCCAUCGGACUCAACCGUUAUGACCUUGUUUCAGUUCUUGAUUGAGUCUCCAUUUUUUUCUCUACAAGUUCAGUCUCCGAAUUGAUCCUGGAUUGAAGCUUGUAGCCAUGGCAUAAUCUUUUGCAGAGAUUGGAUAUUUUUUCAAUUACAUAGUAAAGUUCCGAAAUUUGUUGAAAAUU